UGUUCGGAUAUUUGUAUCACUUUACAUCGGGAGUGUACCUCGAUAGUGCAGUCUUGAGUAGUUGCAGUCGCGAGGUAACAUGCAUAAAGACAAGUACGAAAUAACCCCGGAACACAGGACAAAAUUGACAGAUCGUCUGACGUCAUAUUAUGGUAACAUCCGAAGUCUCCUCCUUGGCGGAAUUUUGACAGGUCGGAGGUCAACCUAUCAGGUAGACGAUUUCCCGGAUGAGGGACAUGCGCCAUGUUACCGGAAGGAGAAGGAGGGAAAAGAAGAAACACAGCUGAAACCAAGAUGUGUUGACCUCCAGCGCACGUUCAACAGGAACGUGCAUCGCACGAGCGCCUACGAGAUCCCAAACCUGAUACUGAGGAGGGGCCAAACAUUUGAUAUCAGCAUCACAUUUGACAGAACCUUUAGCGAGUCUACAGACGACAUCGUCCUCAAAUUUGUGACAGGUCGUCAGCCACUACAGAGCAAGGGUACUGUUAUACCAGUCAACAAGGUCCGAGAGAUAUCCCCGGCAAGAUGGGGCUAUCAGAUCCUUGGUGUCGAAGACAAAAAGGUCAACAUUAAAGUGUGUUCCGGAAGUGACGCAAUCGUCGGCAGGUACCAGUUGUUUAUCGAUACAACGCACAAGGAGAGUGACGACAGUAUCGAGACUUGUCGUUACAGUCACCCUGACGAUAUCUACGUCAUCUUCAAUCCAUGGUGCUCAGACGAUCCUGUGUUCCUUGACGACGAGAACCUGAGACAGGAGUACGUGGUAAACGAGACCGGAAGGAUAUGGAUGGGAACUGUCCGGAAGUUCUGUGUCCGUCCAUGGAAUUUCGCCCAGUUCGAUGACGUUUGCCUUGUGGCGGCUUUAGCUAUGAUGGAAAAGUCCGAACUUGGGGAUCCCGCCCGAGGAAACCCACUACUUGUCGUCCGAGCAUUGUCACGUGUGAUCAACAACAAUGAGCGAGAUGGCGGAGUUUUGAUCGGGAACUGGUCCGGAAAAUAUGACGAUGGUGUCGCUCCAUACGCCUGGAACGGAAGUGCUGCCAUUUUAGAAGAGUUUUUGAAGAAGAGGAAGGGCGUUAAGUUCGGACAGUGUUGGACCUUUGCGGCCGUUGCCACCACAGUUUUCCGCGCCUUGGGAAUACCAACCCGGUGCGUGACCAAUUUCAAGUCUGCACACGACAGUGACUUCAGUACACAAAUUGACAACUUUUGGACGGAGAGUGGAAAGCCAAGGAAAAUGAUGAAUGAUACAAUAUGGGAUUUCCACGUCUGGAACGAGUCUUGGUUUCGCCGUUCGGACCUUCCUCCUGGUUAUGAUGGUUGGCAGGCGUACGACCCCACUCCCCAAGAGUGUUACGAAGGUGUGUUUACCUGCGGCCCUGCUUCUGUGAAGGCCAUCCGCGACGGAGAGCUCUACCUAGGUUUUGAUGCCAAGUUUCUGUUUGCGGAAGUAAAUGGCACCCGCGUUCACUGGACUGUGGAUGCAGAGGGAAACAUGGACCCGAUAGAAGAGGAACGUGACAUCGCCGGGCACUUCAUCAGUACAAAGGCAGCGUCCACUAUUUCUCGAGAGGACGUCACUCACUGCUACAAGCAUUGCACAGAUUCUCAUGACUACACGGCCGCCAUGGAGAGGGCCAACAACCUGUCCUGUCGGACACUGAGAGCGAUCAAAGGUCCCACCGUGGCCGAUGUAGACUUCACGUUCAACGGUGAAAUGAAGAAAAAUGGUGACAUCCAGAUUAAUUUGAAUAUGCGCAACACAAGCGUUGAGAGUCGAGUGGUCGAGGGAAAUAUUGUAGCUAUUUCAACAAAGUACACUUCAGUUCCAGCCACUGAACUUCGAGAGAGCACAGCUACCAACAUCCUGGAACCGGCGUCAGAUGGUGAACUCUCGCUUACUGUUAAAUGCUCAGACUACAUAAACAACAUCGAUCCAGAUAGUCAUGUGAGCAUAUACGCCAUGGCAACGGUCAAAGAAACUGGUCAGCACUUCAUUCGAAGGGACAUAUUCAGAGCCGAGCAUCCCAACCUUGAUCUGAAGGCGGAAGGGACGGCCACGGUAGGAAAACCCCUUGACGUAAUUAUCAAGUUGGUCAAUACGCUCUCUGUGCCACUGUCGGGAGGAUACAUCAACUUGGAGGGUCCGGGCAUGCAUAAGCCAUCCGCUGUUAAGAUCAAGAAAUCUAUCGCCCCGGACGAGGAAAUACGAGAGACAAUACAAAUCAAACCGAGGAGAGCUGGGAGGAGGGAAAUAAUCGCCUGCUUUCAAUGCAAACAAAUAUGUGACGUCACAGGUGUAAUUGAAAUAGAAGUUGUAGGGGAAAAGUAAACACGAUGUCAUCAAGGCAAAAACUACGUAACAUUUGAGGCGUAGUUUACAACAAUAAACAAUUAUGUCCGUCAUUAACGGUGUGCUAUACCACGGAUAAAAAUAUAUAGAAAGUCCGCGGUUAUACAAUACAUAUGUUAAACAAAUAGCUUGCUGUACUAUGAAAUGUUUCAAAUGAUUGUGUGUCGUGUUAAGAAGUAAUGCCUAAAUGACUGUAACGAGUUUUGCUGUAAUAACGCGGUUUAUCCAAGUCCGUGGUAAUAUGUUGAAUACUUGUGUAACGAGUGAUGUUUGUGUCCUUUGAAUAAAAACGUGCUAUAUUAGUUUCGUGAAUAUUUAUGUCACGUGCUACCUUUGUUUCCGAGUACUUACGUGACGUGUUAUAUUUCUUCGUGAAUAUUUGUG